AAGUUUCCAUCACCUUCAAGAGGGUUUCCUGCAGAGAUAAAUAGACUUAGAAGUUGCCUGGUGGAAUGAGCCCCUGAAGAUUGUGAGGCAUCGAGGGGGAGUGAUCAGAGAGAGUUCUUAUAAGAACGGGGCACACUUUUGCUGCAUCGAUGUUAUGGAAAGUUCAAGGUCUCCACAAUGUUCCGAGAAGCAUCAUUAUGAGGGUGAAGAACCUGAGGCUUCUUCACGGCCUUCAUCAUCCUCAUCACCAGUGAAGAAAGAUGAGUUUGAGUAUGACGUAUUUCUGAGCUUUAGGGGACCAGACACUCGCGACGGCUUCACCGGCCACCUCUGUGCGUUUUUACAAUCUAAGGGCAUCACUGUUUUCAUGGACAGUGAGAACUUGGAGAAGGGGCAGAAGGUGAAGGAUCUGUUUGAAUCCAUCGAGAGAUCCAAAAUCUUUGUGCCCAUCUUCUCCAAAGGCUAUGCACAUUCAAGGUGGUGUUUAAUGGAAAUAGUCAAGAUUAUAGACUGCAAAAGGCUCAUCAUACCGGUGUUCUUCGAUGUGGAGCCAGGAAACGUCCGCCAUCAAACUGGCCCGUUUGCGCUUGCAUUUAAAAGACACCUUAGAAAUAAGAGAAUAGACAAGGAGGAGGUGAGUAGAUGGAGUGCUGCCUUGACAGGAGCAGGGGAAGUCUCAGGUUAUACAUUAGCCGGCACUCAAGGAAACGAGGCAAAGCUCGUUCGGCUCAUUGUGAAGAGGAUUCUCAAUGAAGUGAACAAGACUUCUCUCCUGGUAGCUAAACAUCCAGUAGGACUCGAUUCUCGCAUUGCAGAUGUGUUGGAAAUGUUAGAUGUAGAUGAUAAUAAUGUGAGAAUGGUUGGGAUCCAUGGAAUGGGUGGCAUCGGCAAGACAACACUUGCAAAGGCAGUCUACAACCAAAUCUAUACUCGUUUUGAUGCUUCUAGUUUCAUUUCAAACGUUAGAGAAGCUGCAAAACUAUCCACUGGCCUUGUUUCCCUCCAAGAAAAUAUACUUCGUGAUUUUUUCAAUGACGAAAAUCAUAAAGUAAGCAGCAUUGACCAAGGAAUUGAAAUAAUUAAAAUUCGAAUUCGCAGUAAGAUGGUUCUGCUGGUUCUUGAUGAUGUUGAUCAUGAAUCACAACUUGAUGCGCUGGCCGGCAGCCUAGAUUGGUUUUGCUCAGGGUCAAGAAUCAUCGUUACUACCAGAGACAAGCAGGUAUUGAGGGCACAAAGAAUGAACUUGUAUCAGCCUAAGGAGCUAGAUGGUACCCAAUCACUUCAGCUUUUCAGUUGGCAUGCAUUUGGAAAAAAGGAUCCUGAUCCCCAAUUUGCAGAGUUAUCCAAGGAAAUUGCAUCUGUGGGUGCUGGGCUGCCGUUAGCCCUGACAGUAUUCGGAUCACUUUUCUUUGAUCUGGAAACAGUUGAAGAAUGGAGAGAGAAGCUUCAAAAGUUACAGGAAGAUCAGGACAAAGGUAUUCAUGUAAGAUUGAAGAUAAGUUUUGAUGCACUUGAUGAAAAGGAAAAGAAAGUAUUUUUAGACAUAGCGUGUUUUUUUCUUGAAGAAGAAAAUAUAGACCUCCCUUUGCUCAUGUGGGAAGGUUGUAAGUUCUUCCCAAACACAACAGUCAAAGUCCUAAGGCACAAGUCUCUGAUCAAUAUAAAUGAUGACACUGGAAAGUUUGAAAUGCAUGACCUUAUAAGGGACAUGGGAAGAAAAAUCAUCCAAGACAGUAAGAGCAGAUUGUGGAAGGAUGACGAGACACUAUAUGUAUUGCAAACCAAGAAGGGAACAGAAAAUAUCGAGGCAAUUCAACUCAACUCGGGAACAUAUGAGAAACCUAUGUAUGUUGAAGUGGACUCUUUUGUGGCAAUGUCUGAACUUAGAAUGCUCCGGUUGGGGAAAUAUGUACAUUUGAAAGGUGAAUUUGAACAUUUUCCUAAGGAGCUCAGAUGGUUGCAGUGGUGUAUUCAAGGACACUUUGAUUCAUUGCCUGGUGGCCUUAAUCUUGAGAAUAUUGUUGUUCUUGACUUAUCAUACAGCUUGAUAACUCAACUUUGGAAUCCACAAGGAUUGGAAUCAACCAAGGUCUUUGGGCAAAUGAAAGUCCUAAAGCUCUCCCAUUGUGCGAACCUCACCAUCUGUCCAGAUUUUACGAGCAUGCCGCAACUACAGAAAUUGGAUUUUAGUAGUUGCACUAAGAUGAGUGAACUUCAUCCAUCUAUUGGGCUUCUCAAGAGCUUGACUCACUUGUCUUUACGUUACUGUCGGUUGCUAAAGCGAGUGCCUCAAGAGAUUUGGCAAUUGACCUCACUCGAAGAGCUUGACCUCACAUAUUGAUCCCGAAAUUACAACUUUGCGAUUACAAAUGGAGGAUCCGAAGUCACUGAAGAAGGUGUUGCUUGAAAAAUUAAGUCUUGAAUUUCAGUUGCUGUUCUAACCUCA